ACACACAUGAAUAAAACUAGAGUUUGAAUUUAGAAAAUUUGUGUUAUUGUUUCCUUCGUGGCUAUUUCUUCCUUUUUCCAAUUUCCAUGGCAUAGCUAUUAGCUACAACACUACUCUUUUCUCUCUCUCUCUCUCUCUCACACACGUCACAUGAAUGAAGACUUCAACAAAAACAAACACCAAUGACUCCAACUGCAACUAAGAAAUCUUUUUCUUCUUGUUCGGAUCAAGGUAGUGGUAAGGGACAAUCGAUUAAGCAACGUAGACUUACAAGACAGAGGAGAUUAUGUUAUCCUAGUGAUAAUAAUAAUAAUAAUAAUCAAGAUUGUGAAUCUUUUCAUUCUAACGAAGCUGUUUCUUUUUCGUUACCGUCUUCUCCUUUACGAACUAGUUCUGAUCAUUGGUCUUCUUCUGCUGUUCCUCAACCUCUUCCUCUUCCUGAGUCGCCGUUGACUCGACAUCAUCAUGCUGCUGCUUUACCCUUUUCCAGAAAGACGGUGGAUCAUGAUGCUGUGAGAAGCUUAAGGUCUUCUAGCAAUUUGAGUAAAUCCUCUUUUGACAUGGUGAAUGGAAAUGCAAAUUCUGAUUUGAGAGUGAAUAUUCCACCUGCUAGAGGUUUGGUGUCAAGCCAUAGUUCUUGUAAAGAUACUGGAAAACACUCACAUGAUAAUGACUGCGAAGGUAUUUCCAACACAAAAUUGCAAUUUGCUACCAAGAGUGCCCCAACAAGCAUAUUCUCCAGUCCUGUUACUAGUCCACGCAGAUUAAGCAAUGUAGAUUUAUUUGAUCCUUCCAUCAAUUUUCCUCAAGAUUUUAAUGACAUUUUGAGAUUGCCUGCUAAAACUGCUCGUAGUCCAGACUUGUCUCCUCGUCGUAGCUUGGGGAACCACAGUCCUAUUCACCGUCACACUAUUCAAGGGGGAGCUCCUUCUCACCACUCUAAACAUUAUUCCAGAGUGUCUCCUGAAUAUAACCAUGUUGAUGCACAUCCAUUGCCCCUUCCACCGAGAGCUUCACCGCCGCGACAACAAUCACCUGCACAGCAUCAAUCAAAUGUCACGUUAAGUCACUCAACAGAAAUUUUUCAUUCAAUGAAGGGUCAAUGGCAGAAAGGAAAACUUAUUGGACGAGGAUCAUUUGGAAGUGUUUAUCAGGCAACAAACCUAGAGACUGGAGCCUCAUGUGCACUGAAAGAGGUCGAUCUGUUUCCUGAUGAUCCUAAAUCUGCUGACUGCAUGAAGCAGCUAGACCAGGAAAUCAGAAUUCUUGGUCAACUACACCACCCCAACAUUGUUCAAUAUUAUGGCAGUGAAAUAGUUGGUGAUCAAUUGUGCAUAUAUAUGGAAUAUGUCCAUCCUGGAUCACUAACUAAGUUUAUGCAUGAGCAUUGUGGGGCUAUGACAGAAUCUGUGGUUCGCAAUUUUACGCGGCAUAUUCUCUCUGGAUUGGCGUACUUACAUAGCACCAAGACUAUCCACAGGGACAUUAAAGGUGCAAACUUGCUGGUUGAUGCAUCAGGCAUAGUCAAGCUUGCAGAUUUUGGGGUGUCAAAAAUUCUGACAGAGAAAUCAUAUGAACUUUCGCUGAAAGGAAGUCCAUACUGGAUGGCUCCUGAGCUCAUGAUGGCUGCCAUGAAGAACGAAACCAAUCCCAACGUCGCAAUGGCUGUCGAUAUAUGGAGCUUAGGAUGCACCAUCAUUGAAAUGCUGACAGGAAAACCCCCUUGGAGCGAGUUUCCAGGGCAUCAAGCCAUGUUCAAGGUACUGCACAGAUCCCCGGACAUACCCAAAACUUUAUCCCCAGAAGGACAGGAUUUCCUUGAGCAGUGUUUUCGAAGGAAUCCUGCAGAACGACCAUCUGCAGCGGUGCUUCUGACACAUGCCUUUGUGCAAAAUUUGCAUGAUCAAGAUAUUAUAGUUCAUUCACAAGUCUGUCAUAAAGAAGACACCAUAGUUCAUUCACAAGGAUUUCAUAAAGAAGACACUGGACCCAAAGAUGAACCGCGUAAACACAGUCCAGGACACAGUUCAAAACAUAGCCGUGGUGUAGGGCCAGCUUCCUUUCGUGCACGAAUUUUUUGCAAAAUUCAAAAUUUAAUCGGUGACACUUCCAAAAAAGCUGAUACCGAGGAAUCUAAUCACAUUAGAUCUUCUCCUGUAUCUCCUUGCUCGCUGACUGAAGUUAACAGUCCUCAAUCUCCCUUUAAUCCUAAUAACCGCAAUUGCAUGACCGUUUCCAAACCCUCCAACAUACCCUUCACGAUUAUGAGAAUUGUGAAGCAGCUAUGAAGCAUGUCAUCAGCUGAGAUUUAACUUACAGUGAGACAGGGACUUCUGCAUGAAUUUCUUUUGAGAUUUCAUCAGCAGUCUUACUGGAUAUGGCACUUACCAUUAUAGGAUUGUGUAGAAACUAGAAAUUCAUGAAAAUAAAUGCAAGAGGCGAAUCGCGUUAAUUUGCAGUUAUUGUUAUGUAUGUACAUGAGAAGGCUAGGUUAGUUGAACCUACUCCACGAGAGAUAUUAUUAUUCACAUGUAAAAUUUAAUUUAUUAUUAUAUAUUUUUUAGACACAACCA